UGCUACUUCAUUUGGGAGUCCGCCCACGUGUCCGAUGCACUUCUUCUCUACUAAAUCCGGCGGUUAAUCUGCGCGACACCUCCUGUAGUGUAUAGUCGCCUAGUAUUCCCGGUUCUGUUUAUCCGAAAUCUUAUCCGAUUUUGUCCGGAUUAUAUAAAAUAAACUUUUCCCAAUGGAUUACUUAGUUUUUCGUAUUUUUUCGUUCGCGCUGAUAUCAGGGUAUAUACAAUGUUACGGCCAAAGUAACUAUUAUUUUGAAAAUGAUAAAUACUGUGAUGACUUAUCUCCAUAUGUUGGUGAUAUAAAUUUGGAGCAAAUUUCGGGUAUUUGGUAUGGGGUAGAAAAAAUACCCCACACGAAGGGGGAAUACAGAAUAGAACAUACCAAUGAGUGUUUCUACAUUGACAUCAGAGAGCUUCACAUACAGCCAACGCCUCCAACACCAUAUCCACCUAUGACAAAUUCUCCUUACGUAAACCGUGCCUAUGGUCUACCCGAGCAGUACAGGAUACGUCACUUCGUUUUGGAAUGGCAUGAGGGACAUUAUCAGGAUGACUAUCACAUCAAAGUCAAUACUUCUCAUAAAGGAUUUUGGCCAACAGACGUCCCUUAUAAAUCUGUCGACAAAAUGUAUCGUUUCUUUGGAGGUGUCAUCCAAGUGCUGAAGGUCUCAAAUAACCACCUGGUCCUAAACUUUUGUAUGAGACUGCCUCAUUCUCAGCUAUACAGCGUCGUGUUAGCAAGAAACGACAAUCAACUUACUCCUGAAGAUUUAGCUAGCAUUCAUAAUAUAUUUUCUAUAAAAAAUCUGUCCACUUCUUCAUUGAAACGUGUGUGUGAAAAUUCUGCAGUCAACUUAAAACUGUCAAGCGUUCUGUUUCUUUUCAUUGGGUUUUUUCUUUGGAAAAGCCGUUAGUACGAACAAUCAAAUCAAGUUUUAAUAAAAUUUACAACAAUAA